CUCCAGAUGGUGUAAUGCCCCCAGGUGGGAUAGAUGCCACCCCUGCCAGUCUGCAGUUGUCCUGGCUCCCUCCGGGACGUGCCAACGCUCCUGGACCCCUAUACUACGACCUACAGAUGAGGGAUAUGCCAGACGGUCCUAUACAACAACUGUUGAACAACAUGACGAGCACAUUCAGCCACACAGUGGAAGGUCUGUCUCCAUACACAGACUACAUGUUCAGAGUGGUGGUGUCACACAUGCACGGAGAGACCGCCAGUGACUGGACCAGCCUACGUACCGCAGAGGACA